UUGACAGACAAAUAUUUAAUUGGCAAUGAGAUUGGAAUUGGAAAUUUCUCUAUUGUCAAAGAGUGCAAAGACAAGAAAAGAGGUAUUGUUAUGGCAUUAAAAAUAAUUGAUCAAAACAAAAUUGAAAGAAAUCAUGAGAGGCUCAUGAAAGAAAUUAAUAUCAUGAAAAGACUGAAACAUGAAAAUAUCUUGCGUCUUAUCAACAAGUUUGAAACUCAGGAGCAUAUAUAUCUCGUGCUGGAAUACAGCCAAGUUGGAAAUUUGGGAGAGUUUUUAGUUAAUACAGAAUAUUACAAUGAACAAGAUAUCAGUGGGAUGCUUCACAACAUUGCAACUGGUCUCCAUUACAUACAUUCUAAUAAAAUUAUUCAUAGAGAUAUCAAAUUUGAAAAUGUUCUGAUCCACGAAGAUUCCUCCGGAAGUAAAUUGAAAAUAUGUGACUUUGGGUUGGCUUGUGAAUUUUCUGAUAGGCUGACUGUAAUCUGUGGUACACCACAUUUUAUUGCUCCUGAGAUGCUUUCGCAACAUGGAUAUGACUGCAAAGUUGACAUCUGGUCUCUUGGAGUUAUGUUUUAUAUACUUCUGUUUGGCAUGGCACCAUUUUCUUGUUCAAGUAAUGACUUCAAUGACAUUUUUGAAAGAAUAAUGAAAAAUGAAAUUGCCACACCAUCGGAAAAUUGGUCGCACGUAUCUCCGGAAGCCAUAAGCCUCUUAGAAUGUACAUUUCAAAGAGAUGUCGAUAAAAGAUAUACAGCAAGCGAAAUACUUAAUUUUCCUUGGAUUUCAGUUUGUUAUUAUAUUUUAUUGGAAUUUAAUAAUUUAUUUUGA